AUGUCUGGCCCGGUCUACUGCAUUUUAGCAGGGGGCACUGUGCACUGUGUCCCGGUCACUGCCUUCAGUAGUACCAACGAAGAAACACCCAAAGAGUUAUCCCACAGUCCGCAAAUCAACCCAUUGCCCGAUCGCGCACAACUGCCGAUUCUGCGGUCGCCCGUGAAUCUUGCAAUCAAAAGAAAAAAUCUCCUUUACACAUUGAACAACCCGUCGUUGUCGGACUUGGAGUCUGACGUGAGCCGCAGAUUGUCUAACGAUGGUUCCAGGCCCAAUUCCAAGGUGAAAAACGGGCACUCGGAUAUGCCACCCGUACAUGUCAGUAACAAGCUCUCCAGACCAAAGCCGGGCAUCAUGAAUCUAGACGCAGAGCAGGUCUCCGACAGCGACGACGAGGCUGCAGACCUCACUCUGGCUGUUUUGCAGAAUUACUCGACCCAUGCAGUCUAUCUACCCCAAUUCUCCGUUGACUUGAAGGGCAACUUGGAUUCAGACUACUCGCAGAUCAAAACACUCUUGUCCAAGGUGUUCCCAUCGUGGUCUGCGCCAAUCAAAGUAAAGCAAUUGACGGGCGGGAUCACCAACAUGCUUUUGUCAUGCUCACACGAGGCUACAAACGAGACUCUCUUGAUACGGGUUUAUGGCCAAGGCACCAACCUUAUCAUUGACCGGAACCGAGAGUUUGUGUCCCACUUGAUGCUCAACUCGUUAGACCUAGCUCCCUCUAUUCACGCACGUUUUGAGAACGGACUUAUCUACGGGUUUUUGCCAGGUCGCUCUUUGGAUCCUAAUGAGCUCGCAAACAAGUAUGUAUAUCCUCUCAUAGCGCAGCAGCUUGGGAACUGGCACAACAGCAUCAAUUGCGAGUACAUAGAGGACGGGGUCAGCACACUAAGAAAGUAUACUGCAAGCCUAAAGAAAAGUGCAGAAUCUUCGCUUCUCCCUAAGUCGAAAGAGGGAAAAGCAGCAAAAGUGCCUAAGUCCAUCAACAAUAUCUGGGACCUCAUAGAGGAAUGGAUCCGCAUCGUACCCCAAAUUGAAGCUCUUGCAAGCGUGUUCGGAGAGAACACCGAAAAUACACAUGUCACAACUGAAAAUGUGAGAGAAGUUGUCCAGCAAGAGUUCGAGUGGCUCAAGAAAGCCUUGAAGCAUGCAACCAGGUCGCCGAUUGUGGUUUCGCAUUGCGAUCUCCUCUCAGGAAACAUCAUUGUUCCAGAUUCUAAGGAAUUCGCAAAACGAUGUGCAGAAGGUGAUGCAGAACUCCCUCCAUUAUCAGAAAACCCAAUUCAGUUCAUCGAUUACGAGUACAUGCUUCCUGCUCCCAGAGCGUUUGAUAUUGCUAACCAUUUCGCGGAGUGGCAAGGAUUUGAUUGCAAUCGCUCCGCCAUUCCUGACCCGUCUCCAUUGAAUCCAGUGAUGGUGAAAUGGUGUAAAGGAUACUUGAAUAAUUUGAAAGCUCUGAAAGAUGAAGUAGGCGCUUUGAUCCAUGAAAUUGCAUGCUACUAUGGGAUGCCUGGGUUUUAUUGGGGCAUAUGGGCUAUAAUUCAAAGUGAGCUUUCUACGAUUGAUUUUAACUACGCAGAAUACGGCAAAUCACGACUUGAAGAGUACUGGCUUUGGAAGAAGAAAUUUGAAUAUCUGAUACUCUAA